GGAUCCAUUUGUAUAGUUUAGGAAUUAAAUUGGACUUUUUGAUAGUUGAGGGACGAAAUUAAGCCGAGCUCAAUAGUUCAGGAACGAUUUUGACUAUUUUGCCUUUCGAAAACGUUGUCGCCACACCACCGGCUUCUGCCAACAAGUAGGCAUCAGUGGCACAUCACCCAACCGCCUGUCCUCACUGACUGUCCCCAAUUAUCCGGUGCCAAUUCCGGCUCCAAAUAACCUCCAUUGCUCCCGAUUCUCGAAUCACCACGAGCCGCGUGCUCCGGGAUGCUUCAAUAAGCAGUGUGAUCCCAGUGCGAGCUCCUCCGAUCCCCGGCACAAUUUGAUGAUGAAGCGGCUCGCGGCGCUGCUGGUCCUGAUUGCGCUGCCGUACCCCGCGCGCGCCGUCCCCGGCGCCGGCGCUGGCGUCGUGGCCGCGCUGCUCACGCACGCCGACGCCGGCCGCGGCCUCGCGCGGCCCGAGCUGGUCCGGCGCAUGGCGCACCGCGCCCGGGCGCGGCGGCGGCUGCUGCUGCUGUCCGAGCCCGAGCGCCCGGUGCGCGCGCGGGUGCGCGCCGGGCUCGGCGGCGGCAUCGCGACGAACGAGUACCUGGUGCGCCUGGCCGUGGGCACGCCGCCGCGGCCCGUGGCGCUGACGCUCGACACGGGGAGCGACCUGGUGUGGACGCAGUGCGCGCCCUGCCGCGGCUGCUUCGACCAGGGCCUCCCGCUCCUGGACCCCGCGGCGUCGUCCACCUACGCCGCGCUCCCCUGCGGCGCGCCCCGGUGCCGCGCGCUCCCGUUCACGUCGUGCGGCGGCGGGCGCGGCUGGGGCAACCGGAGCUGCGUCUACGCCUACCACUACGGCGACAAGUCGCUCACCGUCGGCCAGCUCGCGACCGACCGCUUCACCUUCGGAGACGGCGGCGGCGGCAAUGCCGGCAGCCUCUCCGCCCGGCGCUUGACCUUCGGGUGCGGCCACUUCAACAAGGGCGUGUUCCAGUCGAACGAGACCGGCAUUGCCGGGUUCGGCCGGGGACGGUGGUCGCUGCCGUCGCAGCUCAACGUCACGAGCUUCUCCUACUGCUUCACCUCCAUGUUCGAGUCCAAGAGCAGCCUCGUCACGCUCGGCGGCGCGCCGGCCGCGCUCUACAGCCACGCGCACGCCGGCGAGGUCUGGAGCACCCCGCUCCUCAGGAACCCCUCGCAGCCGUCGCUCUACUUCCUCUCGCUGGAGGCCAUCUCGGUGGGCUCGACGUGCAUCCCCGUGCCGGCGCCGCGGCGCCGGUCGACGAUCAUCGACUCCGGCGCGUCCAUCACGACGCUCCCGGAGGACCUGUACGAGGCCGUGCGGGCGGCGUUCGCGGCGCAGGUCGGCCUCCCGCCCGGCGGCGUGGAGGGGGGCUCCGCGCUGGACCUCUGCUUCGCGCUGCCCGUGACGGCGCUCUGGCGCCGCCCUGCCGUGCCGCCGCUGACGCUGCACCUGGAGGGCGCCGACUGGGAGCUGCCGCGCGGCAACUACGUGUUCGAGGACCUCGGCGCGCGCGUGAUGUGCGUCGUGCUGGACGCGGCGCCCGGGGAGCAGGCCGUCAUCGGCAACUUCCAGCAGCAGAACACGCACGUCGUGUACGACCUCGAGAACGACCGGCUGUCCUUCGCGCCGGCUCGGUGCGACAGGCUCGUAGCCUCGCUGUAGCGUUCGUGUACAUAGAAAAGGCCUUCUUUGCAGAUGACGAAAUUCGAAGCAAUAGCACUUCUCCAUUUUUGGAAAAUUUUUGAUGACGAAAUUGCAUAGCAGGAGUAGCAUCUUGUCAGCUGGUUCGCACUGGAUAUUUGCUCCGCGUUCAGUCUGUCAUCCAUACAGCUGAGCUGAGCAGACAGCUGCAGCAGCUCCUUAUCUCAUUUUCGACUGAUAGGGACGCUCGGACUGGGAGCAGACGCUGUUCGCUUUCAGGGCAUUGUCGGCAGGUGAACACGACACCAAUGCGGCUUUUAUAUGUAUACUAUUAUAAAAAAUGGUCGGACGUCCAUACCACUAAAAAAGUUAAGUUUAAUGAUACCU